UAUCCGCCUCUCGAUCAAUCUAGUUCUUCAUCUUGAAUUUCUCUCUGAGAUUCUGCCUUAGAUCGAUUCUAUUCUUUUACUUCCUGUUUUCCCUUUCCUUCCCUAUCAUGAGUCGAAAAGAAGGUUCCGGCGAAGUUCAGAUCUCAGCCUCCGGCGCCCGUAUUAUGAAGGUCAAACAGGAAGCUGGUGAGAAGAUGGCGGAAGCCAAGAAGAAAAAGAGUAAAGACUCGAUCGGAGCAAGAGUUAAGAGGAUGAAGAAGAAAGGCGGCAAGAGCGCCUCCUCCGGUCCUCACUUCCCUUCCCUCUUGAAGGGUCAAGACGUUGUCAAUCUUGCCGUUCAGGCUCACGGCAAGAGUGAUCUAGUUAGAGCUUGUGCUGAAAACGAGAACCCCGAGACCGCUCCGGAGGGUUGGUUCUGCGUUCAUGAAAAAUAUAUCUCCAAGUGCCACCUUAGAUUUCCUCUUCCCACCCUUUUGCUGGAUCUCUUAGAUCAUUACCAGCUAGCUCUUCCUCAGCUUUGCCCGUCGGUCAUCCGAGUGAUAAACGGGUUCAUCACUAGAGCCAAGGAGGAAGGAGUUAUCGUUGGGUUAUCUGAGUUAAUGAGUCUCUUCUCGAUAAAGGAGAGCACUUCCAAGGAUGGCGGGAGCGGUACCUACUAUCUCCCCUGUCGUCCAGGGCUAGGCAUUUUCAAGUUCUCAGCCAGUGAUGAUGACUGGCGCAGGAAGUACUUUUAUGUCAAGAUUGACCCUUCCACGGUUCCUGUAGGCCGUGACCUUAGGAACGCAUGGUCUGAUAUUUCCGGUUAGGAUUUUAGGGAUAUGCUCACAUGUUUAUUUUUGUUUGUCAUGUUGUGCUAAUUGCCUUUUGACUCUUUUUGCAGAAAUCAAAGAUCCUGUCAAGUUAUCUAGCAAACUUACCAGAGCUCUCUACAGGAAGCUACAGCAUAGCCCUAACACUUGGGUAGCUUACACUACUUCGAGAGUUGGAUCAGCUAGGUUCCCUGAACGGUACCAAGCGUCCUUCCCUGAUUCAGUGACGGUUGCUGGUUUAGAAGUUUCUGAAGGUGAUUCCAUUCUCGAAGUUUCCUCCGGAGCAAGUACUUCUUCGAAGACUCAAUCACAGAAGAUGCCAAUUCAACCUUCCUUCCGUUCCAGGGGUAGAUCGACCAAGGCUGCCAGCUCCUCUAGAGGGAGUGAUAAGAACCAAGGAGGAUCCUUCCUCGACUCUGUGAAGGAGGUUCUUGAUGAAGGAGGCUCUGCCCCUGCUAAAGGUGUCGGCUCUUUGGAACCCAAGGUUCAGGAAGUUGGCCUUCCCUCCGAGGUCCCGAUGACUGAAGCUGAUCCUCAAGUAAUGAGGGAUCCUCCGGAGUCUGAGCCCCCGAGGAACAAGAGGUCCCGAACCGAAC